ACGGUACCUGGGCUGACUAUUUUCGUGAGGACCUUGGGUUGCUUUGCCUUAAGGGAGUCUGAGUGAGACGUUUACAAACACCGCCCGUUGAGGCUACGUACGAAGUUGCAGAUGGAUGACUGGCCAGACUAGUUGUUUCCCGAGGAUGAUUGGCCCUACUCAGAGUCGUUGGCCUUGGGAAGGCAUCUAUAUAAGGAGUGGCGCUCGAGGACAUGUCUUGGGGAUCAGAUCAUGAUUCGCAACUCAAGCCACUCCUCCUCCUGUCUUUCACUUGUAGUCACAUCUAGCUCAAGUGCCUGUGAAUAACAUCAUCAUCGUCUGUUGUUGUCAUCUUCAUCACAGUCAACAUGGGAGAGAAGGAUAUCCCAACGUACAACAAGUCAGCUGUCAACAAGCUAACGGCCGAAGCACUCUCGACUCCCGCAGCAUUUGAAGAUGCUGCCCUUGCUCAGCAAUAUGGAGGUCACCAUUCUGGAGGCUGGGUUGGCCGCCUGCCCGCCUCUUGGGUUCCUUAUGUUCAACUCGCCCGUUUGAGUCCUCCAGCUGCCUUAUUUCUCAUAUACUUCCCCCAUUUCUUCGGCAUCAUACUGGCAGCCUUGAUACAACGCUCAUCAGCUUCCCAAGUCUUGCGAGCUGGCCUCGUCAUGUUCGGUGGGAGCUUCUUCUUCUCCAACGCCGCCCACGGCUGGAACGACCUCGUCGAUGCUCCAAUCGAUCAAGCGAUUGCUCGUACAAGCAAGCGUCCCAUUCCUCGAGGCGCCAUCACGCCGCGAGCCGCAUUCGUCUUCACCGUCAGCCAAGGCAUCGGUGCGGCCCUGUUCCUGCUCCUCAUGCCUAGCGGAAGCGCGAUCUAUGCCGUGCCGAACAUCAUCGGGACGAUAUACUACCCAUGGGCCAAGCGGCACACCAACUUCGCCCAGUUCGUGCUUGGGUGGUGUUUGGCAUGGGGCAUCGUGAUGGGAUCUUGCUCCAUGGGACUUAAGCCUUUUACAGGAGGUCCCUUUGGGUCCGACUCUUCAAGAUCUGCGGCAUUGUGGGUGAAGCCAUCUAUCGCCUGCGUCUUCUUUGCAAGCAUCCUAUGGACUAUCAUCUACGAUACUAUUUACGCUCACCAGGAUCUGAAGGACGACCUCAAAGUCGGUGUCAAGAGCAUCGCUGUCCUGUUCAGAGACCAGACCAAAGUGCUCCUAUGGCUCGUCCUUGCGUGCAUGAUUUCUUUGCUUUCCAUGGCCGGCGUGCUCGAGCAAAUGGGCUGGCAAUAUUACCUCAUUGCUGCUGGCGGCUCUGCGGUAUCGCUCGGGGCUAUGAUCAGCAAUGUCGAGUUGAAGGAUUCUGCCAGCUGUUGGUGGUGGUUCAGAUACGGCUUCUGGCUUGCCGGCAGCGCUAUUGCUGGCGGUCUCUUAUCCGAAUAUCUACUUAUGGCACCCUUGUCAUACAUAUAGAUAUAUAGAUUUCACAUUGUUCUGAUAUGGAUUGAUAGACUUCAAUAGCGGGCGUUGUAUUUAUAGUUUCCUUGUUCAGGGUUCCAGAGCGAGAUAUA